GGGAUCGCCGGCCCCGUCGGGAAGUUUCCAGCCUGCGAGCGAGCGCCGCUGGACACGCCGGACGUUCCCAGACCCGGACCAUGCGGCUCCAGCUGCUCCUGGCCCCGCUGGGCUGGCUGCUCCUGGUCGAAACGAAGGGUGAUGCCAAGCCGGAGGACAACCUUUUGGUCCUCACAGUGGCCACAAAGGAGACCGAGGGGUUCCGACGCUUCAAGCGCUCAGCCCAGUUCUUCAGCUACAAGAUCCAGGCGCUGGGGCUGGGGGAGGACUGGCACGGGGAGAAGGAGAUGUCGGCAGGUGGAGGGCUGAAGGUUCGACUACUGAAGAAAGCCCUGGAGAAGCACGCAGACAAGGAGGACCUGGUCAUUCUCUUCACAGACAGCUACGACGUGCUGUUUGCCUCGGGGCCCCGAGAGCUCCUGAAGAAGUUCCGGCAGGCCAGGAGCCAGGUGGUCUUCUCUGCCGAGGAGCUCAUCUACCCAGACCGCAGGCUGGAGGCCAAGUACCCGGUGGUAUCUGACGGCAAGAGGUUCCUGGGCUCUGGAGGCUUCAUCGGUUAUGCCCCCAACCUCAGCAAACUGGUGGCCGAGUGGGAGGGUCAAGACAGUGACAGUGACCAGCUCUUUUACACCAAGAUCUUCUUGGACCCGGAGAAGAGGGAGGGGAUCAAUAUCACCCUGGACCACCGUUGCCGUAUCUUCCAGAAUCUGGAUGGAGCCUUGGAUGAGGUGGUGCUCAAGUUUGAAAUGGGCCAAGUGAGAGCAAGGAACCUGGCUUACGACACCCUCCCAGUCCUGAUUCAUGGCAAUGGGCCUACCAAGCUGCAGCUGAACUACCUGGGCAACUACAUCCCACGCUUCUGGACCUUUGAGACGGGAUGUGCUGUGUGUGAUGAGGGCCUGCGCAGCCUCAAGGGCAUCGGGGAUGAAGCUCUGCCCACGGUCCUGGUUGGCGUGUUCAUCGAACAGCCCACGCCGUUCCUGUCCCUGUUCUUCCAGCGGCUCCUGCGCCUCCACUACCCCCGGAAACGGCUGCGGCUUUUCAUUCACAGCCAUGAGAAGCAACAUAAGACUCAGGUGGAGCAGUUCCUGGCAGAGCAUGGCAGCGAGUACCAGUCUGUGAAACUGCUGGGCCCCGAGGUGCGGGUGGCGAACGCGGACGCCAGGAACAUGGGCGUGGACUUGUGCCGGCAGGACCGUGGCUGCACCUACUACUUCAGCGUGGAUGCCGAUGUGGCCCUGACCGAGCCCAAAACCCUGCAGCUGCUAAUCGAGCAGAACAAGAAUGUCAUCGCCCCGUUGAUGACCCGCCACGGGAGGCUGUGGUCGAACUUCUGGGGGACACUGAGUGCAGACGGCUACUACGCCCGCUCCGAGGACUACGUGGACAUUGUGCAGGGGCGGCGUGUCGGCGUCUGGAACGUGCCCUACAUCUCAAACAUCUACCUGAUCAAGGGCAGUGCCCUGCGGGCUGAGCUGCAGGAGAUGGACCUAUUCCACCACAGCAAGCUGGACCCGGACAUGGCCUUCUGUGCCAAUAUCCGGCAGCAGGAUGUGUUCCUGUUCCUGACCAACCGGCACGCCUUCGGCCACCUGCUGUCCCUGGACAGCUACCAAACCACCCACCUCCAUAACGACCUCUGGGAGGUGUUCAGCAACCCCGAGGACUGGAAGGAGAAGUACAUCCACGAGAACUACACCAAGGCCCUGGCGGGGAAGAUGGUGGAGAUGCCUUGCCCAGACGUCUACUGGUUCCCCAUCUUCACGGAGACGGCCUGUGAUGAGCUGGUGGAGGAGAUGGAGCACUACGGCCGGUGGUCUCUGGGAGAUAACAGGGACAACCGCAUCCAGGGUGGCUACGAAAACGUGCCGACCAUAGACAUCCACAUGAACCAGAUCAACUUUGAGCGGGAGUGGCACAAGUUCCUGGUGGAGUACAUCGCCCCCAUGACGGAGAAACUCUACCCGGGCUACUACACCAGGGCCCAGUUCGACCUGGCCUUUGUUGUCCGCUACAAGCCUGACGAGCAACCCUCGCUGAUGCCACACCAUGACGCCUCCACCUUCACCAUUAACAUUGCCCUGAACCGGGUUGGGGUGGAUUAUGAGGGCGGGGGCUGUCGGUUCCUGCGCUACAACUGCUCCGUCCGAGCCCCACGGAAGGGCUGGACUCUCAUGCACCCCGGGCGACUCACGCACUACCACGAGGGGCUCCCCACCACCAAAGGCACCCGCUACAUCGCAGUCUCCUUCGUCGAUCCCUAAUUGGCCCGGCCCGGCCACCACAGACCUUUUCCUCUUUGUCAACAACCACUGCCCAGCAGCCUCUGGGACCUCGGGGUCCCAGGGAACCAGAUCCAGCCUCCAGGCUCUUGACCUCUCAUUGCUCUUGGAGCCGCCAUCAGAGAGACUGGGCCACAGGCUAGAGGCAGAGCACACCUCCUUGGCUGGGACUUUCCUGGUGCUCCGGACACAGCCCCGGGGGAAACUGUUCACUUUCACUGCUUCGUAGCAACUCGUCCUUUCCCAUUCCUCUUCCUGAAAAACCUCUUCCGGCAACACUUGAGCAGAAGAGGGGCUGACCCAGCUGCCCAGAGAGACUCUCGGGGUGAGAAGCCACGCCCCAGAGCUUCUCCCCGGCAGAGCUGCAGCCCCGGGGAAUUCUGCUCCAAGCUUCAGGGUUGACACCGAGACCUGGAUCGGACUCAAGUCCCCACCCUGACCGUGGGACUGCUGAAGCCCCAUCCUCCCUGGCUCCUAUCAUGAGAGCAAAACUCUGUCCCUUGGAGACGGUGACUCAGAGAACCUCCUGGGAGACAGGAAAUGCACGGAUGCCACAGCUCCAUCCUCUACUUGACCCUUGCUGGGGGCGCAGAGCAGGGAGUGCUGUGUCCACACACUGCACUGUGUCACCCUGUCUUGAAUGCCUCCAGAGAGAGGGACAGACAGUCAGAAACAGGAGAGUUUCUACUAAAGGUCAUUCAAACCACUGAGUGGGAGAUGCUGGGGUGGGCGGGUGUAUACAUGUCAGGGCGGGUGUCUGCAGGGAGAAGCUUCAACAGCUCACGAUUGGCAAGGAAGGCCGGCCGUGGGUGACUUGGCAGAUUGGGUCAGGCAGAUUGGGUGACUUGUGUUUCCCACACCCAGUCACAUGUGAUCUCCAUGUCAUUUGUAUAUUCCAUAAACCCUCCGUAUAAGCCAGGCACUGCUA